AUGGCUACUCAAACACCCGUCGAACAAUUCAACUCCCUCCUGUCGUCAUCUUCCAUCCUGUUUGUAGUCUUUUACCGCGGCCACUGGUGUCCCUUCUGCAGGGCCUACCUUCAGAGUCUCCAGAAACUCUCCCCGUCUAUCACCGCCCUCGGCGGCAAAACUCUAACCGUCACAUCUGAACCCGCCUCUUUUCUCUCUGAGACGCGCAAACUCUCCGGCUAUCAAGGCGAUGCAAUCGUCGACACAGAAAAUACGCUCGUGGGGUUGGUGAAAGAGAGGUACGGGCUUGAGGUCGCGGUGAGCGAGAAGAAGGGUUAUGAGAAUGGAAUGGCUCAGCCGGCGAUUUUGGUACUACGAGGAGAGAAGGGAGGAGAGAUUGUAGGCCCAGAGCGCACCGUAUUGGAGAAGUGGGCGAUCAUUCCGAGUGUCAUGAACCUUGGAGGAGCGAGUGAUAGGCCGGAUCUGGAGCAGGUUUGGGACAAUGUUAGGGCAAAGGUCGAUGGGAAAGCUCGGAUACACCAGGGUUACAAAACGACGGGCUUGUUAGGGAUGUUGUGGGGGAAGUUUCUUGGUUGA